GCCGUAUAGGAGGCAGUCCUCCAGGAGGCACAACUACAGAAUGCUUUAGGAAAGAUAAAAGCGGAGAAAGAAAAGAUGAUCAGAAGAAGAGCCAGGAUGCAACGUAGACAAGCGGACAUUAGUGAGUUAGAGGAAAUGGAUAUGACGAAUGUGCCUGAAGAUGUGAGACUUGUAUGGUCGGUCCUGCUGAAUGUAGUAGAGAUGCAGGACCAUCAGACAACCAUCCUUCAGGAUAUCCAGCAAAGUCUGGCCUUGUUGGUUGGGCGAACGCAGGCCACGUCACCAAUGUCCGGGCCUGGUGCCUGGCCCGUUGCACACCCUCCUCCUUUUGUCCCACCGGUGACUGGGGUAUCCCCAUAUGUAGCUCCAUCAUCGGUUGCUAUCGUUUCCCUGGGCAUGCCGCUGUCAGGAGGGGUAACAGCAGGGAGUAGUUUGCAGGUUCCUGUUGAGACAGUGUACACCCAAACUCCGUCGCAGGUUGCAGUCACCAUGCAGCCUGUUGUCUCGCAGCCUGUGCAGCCGCAGGGCACACAGCUCCAGCAGUUGGCACAGCAACCUGUGUCACAGGGUCCACAGCCCGUGGUGAUGCAGGGACCGGGACAGACACAGUGGGUCCCAAAGACGGCCAUCGCCGCUCCCAAACCUUUCACAAGGGAAAAGAGGCGUGAAGACCUCGACACAUGGUUGAGGGCAGUGUCGGUCUACGUCAGGUGUAAACUUACCUUGCCGCACGAAGAAGUGCUUGUGGCUGCAUCCUACCUAGAGGGUAGUGCAGCAAGAUGGUUGAGUGGUUUAGUACAACCCCAGGGGUAUGGUCAUGACUUCCGUGCUUGGGCGGCCUCCCAGAAAUUGGAGGACUUCCUGAAGAUGGUGGAGGAAAGGUGGCAUGAUCCUCAGGAGGCCCAAGGGGCCACUGAUGCGAUCCUUACACUGCACACGAGGCAGUUUAAGUCAGUAAGGGAAGCCAUCGACGCUGUUGAGAGUCUGAUCCGUGUCCCAGGGGUGCGCUAUGACCCCCAGAUUGCAAUCCGGCCCGAGGAUCAGCACAAAACCGCUUUCCAGACCAGGUACGGUCUGUACGAGUUUGUGGUGAUGCCUUUUGGCCUUUGCAAUGCUCCUGGCACUUUUCAGCACGCUAAGAAUCGGAUAUUCCAUGAUUACUUAGAUAAGUUUGUCAUCGUGUACCUCGAUGACAUACUUAUUUUUAGUAAGACUGUCGAGGAGCACGGUGCACAUUUGGACAAAGUUCUCAGUCUUCUGCGACAGAACAAGUUCAAGAUCAACGGUGAGCAGUGCGAGUUUGGCCACACCCGUGUCGUGUACUUGGGUCAUGAGAUUUCCGCAGAAGGGUCGAAGCCCGAUGACGCGAAGGUGGCCAGCAUUCGUGAUUGGCCACGUCCUCAGUCUGUGACUGAGAUGAGAUCUUUCUUGGGAAUGACAGGCUACCAUAGGACUUUCGUUAAGAACUAUAGCAUAAUGGCCGCUCCUUUGACUGAUCUGACCCGCCUUGACACCCCAUGGGAGUGGACAAAUGAGUGCGAGGCUAGUUUCAGACAUCUGAAGCCGGCGUUGACGCACUACGAGGUCUUGAAACUUCCUGAUCCUGACGAGCUGUUCAUAGUCACCACGGAUGCCAGUCGAUAUGGCAUUGGCUCCGUGCUCGCGCAGCAGGAGGGGCCAAAGUUGAGGCCUGUAGAGUACAUGUCCAAGAAAAUGUCGUCUCAGAAGUUGGCUAAGUCCACCUAUGAGAAGGAACUCUAUGUGGUUUACAAGGCUCUGACCCAUUGGAGACACUAUCUCCUUGGGAGGUUCUUCAUCCUCAGGACUGAUCAUCAGACCCUGAGAUGGAUGAGAACUCAGCUUGUACUCUAUGACGCCCUCAAGCGUUGGAUUGAAGUCAUUGAGCAAUAUGACUUUGACCCUCAGUAUCAGAAAGGGGAGUACAACAGGGUUGCUGAUGCCUUGUCGCGUAGACCUGAUUUCUCUGGUGCGCUGCUUACUGAACUUAAGGCGAAGGAUAAGAAGACUUUUGUCGAGUUUGAGUUGGUCAAUGGCUUGCUGUUCCUUGAGAAGGACGGGAAUAAACGAUUGUGUGUCCCAAAUAGUGAGUCUUUGCGUAGUUUGUUUUUAGGUGAGUGCCAUGAUGCCACCGGCCAUUUUGGGUAUAAGAAGACCGCAGCCAACUUGCUGCAGCGGUUCUGGUGGCCCACGAUGAUGAGAGAUGCCCAGUUGUACGUGGAUACUUGUCAAGUUUGUCAAUGGGACAAGCCACGUACUCGGGCUCCUCUUGGGCUUCUGAAGCCCCUUCCGAUUCUGGAACGGCCUGGUGAGAGUCUGUCCAUGGAUUUCAUGGAUACUCUGAUCACCAGCAAGAGUGGGAUGCGUCACAUCUUCGUCAUCGUGGAUAGUAAUGCCGGAAACAGCGAGAACGGCGGAGUAUGUGAUCAGAAUGUUUAAAGAGAAAUGGGUCAGGGACUUUGGUUUACCGAAGUCUAUUAUUAGUGACAGGGAUGUCCGGUUCACU